CAGGUUGGAUAUAUUUUCCUGUAAAUACAGCGGUGAAGUUAGUUUUAGGUUGGAUAUAUUUUCCUGUAAAUACAGCGGUGAAGUUAGUUUCAGGUUGGAUAUAUUUUCCUGUAAAUACGGUGGUGAAGUUAGUUUCAGGUUGGAUAUAUUUUCCUGUAAAUACGGCGGUGAAGUUAGUUUCAGGUUGGAUAUAUUUUCCUGUAAAUACGGCGGUGAAGUUAGUUUCAGGUUGGAUAUAUUUUCCUGUAAAUACGGCGGUGAAGUUAGUUUUAGGUUGGAUAUAUUUUCCUGUAAAUACGGCGGUGAAGUUAGUUUCAGGUUGGAUAUCUGACGGACAUUCUCUGAGGAUCUACCGGUGUCUUCUCACUCUCCAUAACCGGGAAUAACAACAGCAGCGCGGUUAAAUCUACUCGACACCCUCACUGUCAACGUCGGUGUUGAAUAAGGGACCGUCAAUAAAUUACCGGUUGAUGUUCUCAGAAAAGGCUGUUUUCCUUCAAUAGCUUCACUGUCAUGUGACCAAAAGACCUCAAAUUGAUUUCUAAUAAUAGUACUAAGGUCGAUCAAUAAGAGAAGAGGAGAGGAGAGAGGAGGUUGAUGAAGAGAGGAGAUCCCCAGCACAGGAACAUUUUCACUGAAAUCAAGAUUUUAUUGACAGAUUUGAUCAAAAAUGAAGUUUCAGAACCACAGAGCGGGUCAGAGCAGGUCAGAACCGGUCAGUUUGGAUUUUACAGACACAGUUUUAUUUGUUUAAUCAAAGUCUGACGGUUUUUAGCUGCCGUCUCUUGGAUUCAUGUCUCAUCUGUUUACAUGGAGGAGGCGGGGCUGGUUGGGAGUGGGGGGGUGGGGCUGAUUUUACUGGUUUCAAAGUGGGUUUAAGUAGAAAGCAGGACCUGCAGCUGGACUCUGAGAACAGUGGGAGGAGACGGAGGCGUGUCGUUUAUGUUUACACGCCGUGCUGAUCGUCUCACGCUCGUAUUCACACCCUCCUCUCCUUGUUUCUUGUCUCCUUCCCUGCAGCCUCACAGCAGUGCCUCACCUCCUCCCCCCUCCGACGUGGAGUCCUCCCUCACUGCCUCUCACUCCUCCACCUGCCUCAAAUGGCUCCACAUGACCCCCAUCUGCUCCCUGAAAACACCGGGGUCCUCGCUCACCCGUCACCCCGCCUCCACUGUAAGCUACGCCUUUGCUCCGCCCACACGCUGCAGCCAGAAAGUGACCCAGGACAACGCCGUCUCCUCCACCUCGGACCUCCACUGUGGCCCACGGCGCCAACUCCACCCAGCCGCCCCUCGCCUAAGCCGGGGACCGCUGCCCUUCAAGAUCAGCUCGCCGUGUCUGGAGCGCCUCCUGCAGGCCAAGGAGAGCAUCAUCUCUCCCAGAGUGGCGGAGGACGGCGGGUGGACAUUUUGAGGGCGGAGCUUCCAAGACUAUCAUGGCUUCCAGAGUCUAAGGACACAAACGGCCUUAAAACCUGAAUCAAGUCUUCUACUUCAGAUCAAAACGGCGUGCUGUCGAGUGGGGGCGGGACCUGCAGGACGAGGAGGAGGAGCCAGAGCGUGGCGAGGAAACACGGACGGGAGCGAGAUGAUGUUUGAAUCAGCUGAUCUGACCCAGUAGAGAGGUCGGAGGUUAAAAAGACUGGUGGGGGGGGGCUAAUACACACUCACACACACACACACACACACACACACACUCACACACACUCACACACACACACACACUCACACACACACACACACUCACACACACACACUCACACACUCACACACACACACUCACAGCUGUUCUGGUGGUCUGGACUCUUCUCAGGUAUGCAGUCCUGGUUCCUCCUCUUUAGCUGAUCUUCUACCUCAGAGCAGAUCUGGUCCAUGAGGACCUCCGACCUUCAGGUUCAGGGUCGGACCCGAUCAGCAUCUCCCCUUUAUCAAGAACCAGUUCAGGUUCUAGUUCACAUAUCCUGGUCCUGUAAGACCCAGAAGCACUAAGGUAACCCGGUAGAACCCACCAGCUGACGGACUCUGUCCACGUUCAGGUCUGAAGUUUCCUCCUCAAGGUUUUAGAUCACCUCGAAGUUUGCUGUUGAUCCAGAUCAGAGACAGAAAUCCAGAACUGUUUACAGAUCAGAACCGGUUCAAACUGACCCAGCUUUGAGGUUAAAGGUCAGAGAAAACGCGGACUGAGAGAGUGAUCAUGGUAAAGGACACACAGGUCCGUAUUAUUGUGCUGUAAGAAUAAAAUCCACUCGUUCUGUGAGACCGACGGUUUCUCAAUAACGGACUUCCACAGAGAGGAUCGGGUCUACGGUCUCAGACCCUGAUCCUAACCAUUCAAGUUAACGUGUCGAUUUCCACCGACUUCUUUCUCUAACUCUGAUUAUAGUCGGACUAAGAUGUUUACAUGACCUUCAGCUGUCCGGUCUUCAUCGGAAUAAGGCGAUAAUUCGGUUUUCUCGAGUGUCAUGGAAACGGACUGAAUGAUUUCUAGUUGUCCUUUCCAUGUGGAGAUUUCCACUCCAGAGUCAUGUGACUAACCUGUUGAACAUAAUUGGUUUGAAAUCAUCUGAAAACUAUAAAAAUCGGUUUAAUUUCCGAUAUUUUAACCCUUUAACCUCGGUACGUGGAUUUAAUUGAAAUACUGUUUGUUGUUGUUUUUUUAAGUCUGUGUCUCUGAUUCUGAAAGGUUUUUAGACGUCAUUUCACCCCGAUGACACCAUGGAUGAGGAGAUGCUGAUUCUAGAAGUCUAGAAGUAGAUUUCCUCCUCUGGAAGGACACAAUCUACUGCUUAUAUGUCUAUGUGUCUGUCUUUAGAGAGACGACUCGUUAUCGUGAGAUUGAACGUGAAUCUGCAGGUUCUUGUGAGAUCUUGUGAUUCCUGCUGUCUGUAAUCAGCCACGAAAUUCGCCUCACAAACGGAAACGGCAGAAUUGGUGGAAUUGCCGUCCCGGAUGCGGCAGAAAUUGGGCGACACUCACCGGUCGUUUGCAUGAUGUCCAGAGUUCUGCUGUUCCUCGUCUCCAGCUCUGAGACUCACUGUCUUCUUCUGCUGGUGGAGACACUCCCACAGAGCGACCAACGGUUCACCGGUUAGACCGAAUUACUGUCGGCUAAAUAUCAAUAUUUCAACGGUCAUUCUCAGCAGGUGGUCUCUGUGGACGCCCUGAUGGGGAGACCUGCUGGUUUGGGUUUGUUGUUGUUUCUGACUGAACUGGUUUCAAUGGUCCAAAGUCCUAAAGCACAAUCUGAUCUGGAUUUAGGGAUUCAUGAAAAACUGUCCUGACUCUGAAAGUCUGCAGAGAUGCUGAUGGGUCCGGCUCCUCACUCCUGUUAGUCUGAAGGUUUUUGAAGGUUUCCUCCAUGACAGUAUCUGGACCCAUAAACCGGGACACAGGUCCAGACUCUCAGCUCUCUUCUUCUGUGGGUUCAGGAGAGGAACAGUGAGGACUUCUAAGAGCAGUAAAUACUGUGUCCGUGGUGGAGAGAGAGUCCACAAAUAUUGAGAUUCAAACUCUGCUGUGAAUCAAAGAGUCAGUGAAGCUCCAGAAACUUCUGACGGGUUUGGAUCUUUACGGGUUCACCUCAGUGCAACAAACACCGACUUUAGGAGCUGUGUUCCUGCAGAGGGAAACUUCAUUUCCUGUCAGUUAUUGGUGCUGUCAUCUUUCUUUACUCGUCUGCUGCUGGGGUCAGAGUUUAUUUCAGACUAAAGUGAGUCGCAGAGUUUUCAAACUCAGAUCAGAGAACCAGGAAUGAAGAAGACGACAUUUAAUCCAGAUGUGAUCGGAUUCAGAUGAUGAGCUGAUGCUCUGAGGAGACGCACGUCCUCCUCCUCAUUUAACUAGGGAAGGAAAGGAGGAGGAUGUGAGUCCCUCCAGCAGCUAAACCCGGGGUCAGAGUCUGCAGGGUGAUACCAACACUAGCAGAGCUAGCACCUCCAGCCUUCAGUCCUCCUGUAGGUUCAUGUCUGCGCUGGUUACUUACUGCUCUCAGUUUGACCAGUUUAACCAGUUUGACCGGCCUAAGACUAACAAGUUUACAGUUGUGGUUAUCCAGAUCAUGGUUAAAUAGGCAGCUGGACUCGGGUUCUCUAAGACGUUUUGCCUCAAGUCAGAAUCUGAAGACUGAUCUCAGUUUUCUAACUUUAAUCUCAGUUUUCUAACUUUGAUCUCAGUCUAAAUUUGAUCUCAGUCUAACUUUAAUCUCAGUUUUCUAACUUUGAUCUCAGUCUAACUUUAAUCUCAGUUUUCUAACUUUAAUCUCAGUUUUCUAACUUUGAUCUCAGUCUAACUUUAAUCUCAGUUUUCUAACUUUAAUCUCAGUUUUCUAACUUUAAUCUCAGUUUUCUAACUUUAAUCUCAGUCUAACUUUAAUCUCAGUUUUCUAACUUUAAUCUCAGUUUUCUAACUUUGAUCUCAGUCUAACUUUGAUCUCAGUCUAACUUUGAUCUCAGUCUAACUUUAAUCUCAGUUUUCUAACUUUAAUCUCAGUUUUCUAACUUUAAUCUCAGUUUUCUAACUUUAAUCUCAGUUUUCUAACUUUAAUCUCAGUUUUCUAACUUUAAUCUCAGUUUUCUAACUUUAAUCUCGGUUUUCUAACUUUAAUCUCAGUCUAACUUUGAUCUCAGUCUAACUUUGACCUCAGUCUUUUGAGGGUAAAAAGGAACAUCUUGAAAAGUAAGAUGACUUCCUGUAUUCUGUCUGUGUAGGCUCUCAUUCAUCCUGGUCAUGGUUCUUCAAGCCUGAGGAGAAACAUCUUCAGAACUUCAAGAAGUCCAGUCGCCCAUUUACCAAAGAACGAGAUUACAGGCCCGACGUUAAUAUGAAUAUGAAUUAUAGACACCUGCAGGGGGCGGGCCCCUUUAAGAGCCUGAGACAGGAUUUACUCGACACACAUGCACAUCCAGCUCAGGUCCAGAAGAGUAAAGCGGAGGUAAAUCCUGCAGACGGCCCUGAACCUGACGUAGUUUGACUCUAAAUAAAAGAUCCUGAGUUGCUGAGUUAGAGAAGGACUCUGAAGGAGCAGAAACAUGUUUACUGAGGUGUCUCCUCUUGACUUCUUCACAGUAAUUCUCAUCUUAGCUCCCCCUGCUGGUCAUCAGAGAGAAUGCAGCUUUACUGUUCUGGUUUACUGUUCAGAUUCACAUCAUGUGCAGACGGACCGAGGGCUGCAGCUCUGCUAAUGUGGUGCGUUCACUGACAGCCUGUGUGACGUAAAUGUCAGCAUCCUGCCCUUUGACCCUUUGACCCUUUGACCCUCAGCUCUGAGCGACAGGAGCAGUUUGAACUUUGACCCUUGGAGAGGUUGUUUUUUUUAAUUUCUGUACAGUUUUUACUUUACUCCCGGAGAAGACGGUCUUUGUGAUAUUUUGUACUUCUGAAUAAAUGUUGUUUCUGAACGUC